AGAGAAAAAGGUCAUUUACAUGAAGUAAAACAAUAUGAUAGAUUGAUAGAUGACAUCUGUUAGAUAGGCCUAAACAUAUUGAAAUCAUCAUCUUGACCAUGACACACUUCACUUCCUACAAUGGAAAUACAUAAUGGCUACUACAUUAAACCGAACAGAGCGGGAACGGCUGCUGAAUUGUGGGAUAUGUGACCGUAGAUUGACAGAACCACGCCUGUUAGACUGUCUUCACUCAUUUUGUACAGAAUGCCUCGUUAUCAAACAAGAACAGACAUCCAGCAAAGACGUUGUCGUUUGCGAGCUUUGUGGGAAUCAUACAAGUCUAUUAAACCAGUCGAUUGAUUCCCUGACUCCGAAUACAUUCAUCAUAAACAUCGGAAAAGUGGACGAAAUUCUUCAUUCUAACCGUCACUUCUGCUGUUCAUUCUGUGAGGAGCAUGGGAAGUCUGAAGAAGCGAGUUCUCUCUGUUUGACUUGCGGUGAUUGGUUGUGUCUCACGUGUUCAGAACGUCAUUGCGGGACCCGGAUAACAAGAAAUCAUAAAGUAGUUAGCAUCAAUGAUGUCAGAGAAGACCCCAAAUAUUCGUCUGAACUACGUAAGCUUCAUGAAACUAAAUGUGCCCAACAUGACGAAAAAAUUAUAGAAUUCUGUUUACAGUGCAGAACUCCAGUUUGUUUUGAGUGCUUUCAGACAACGCACAAGCAACACGAAUCAGUGCCGCUCAAAGAUUCUGCUUCAAAGGUGCAAGAAAAUCUCUCGAAUCUUUUACAGAUGUUCGAGAGUAUAGUGGAAGUUGAUGAAGAAUUUGAGAAGCAAAUUGCCAAACGACUCCAAGAGGUGAAAAAUAAAGAAAGGAGUUUGCUGCAGCUCGUUGAGGAAACCCGAGAUCGACUCAUUCAAGAAAUACAGCAACAGGCCACUGCAGCCGAGUUGGCAUUGUCUCACCCGUUUGAGGUUGUAAAAUUGUCAUUAUCAGAGGUAUUAAAAUCCGUACACAAGCGCUCAGAAAGUACACAGAGAUCACGACUAUUCUGCGAAAUCCUUCUACACCAGGGCUUAGCGGAAGAAUCCGUUCAUUUUAGAGAAUUACUUCAAAGGGUCAAAAGCGCUGGUUGUAGAAGAGAAAAAAUGGAGUUUCCAUCAAUUCCUGUUUUGAAACUUGACAUAUCUGAUUUUCUCAUUCCAAAAAUAUUUGCUGUUCAAGAAGAAAAUAAAAAGGACAAUAGCCAGCAAACGGAUGAAAUUGGAAAUCAAAAAACCGCUCGACUUGUUGGUGAAAAGGAUAUACUAAUUCCAAUUGGCGGUUUUCCUGAUAGAAGUAUAUCAAAAACGAGAGAAAAUAUUGAAAGUCCAAUACCUAAUGCAGAUGAAAAUGCAGAAAAACAAACUGAGGAAAAAAUUGAGAAAAAGACUCCUGUAGAAGAAGGUGCAUCUGGAUUUGAUUUCAUGUUAUAUGAUUCAGAUUCUGAUGAAGAGAUUACAGAUGACGAUGAUGAUAAGGAUGAGUCGAAAAUUAAUGUUUUAUUACCAACAGAACCAGUAAAGGCUGAGAAAAAAGCGGAGCCGUCUGGUGACGACAUAAUUCGAACCAUAAAGGUCAAGGAUUACUCUUACGUACCUUUAAGUAUUGGAUCCGAUAAAGCCCCAACCGUCGUUCACGAUAUUUGUUGGCUGACAGAUUCGGCUUUUGCUGUUGGGGACCAAGCAAACCACAGGAUUAAGGUAUUUGAUGAUAAAGGAUUAUGUCUCUGGUUCAAAGAUUUACAGGAAGGGUCAAUCGAGAGGAUCGCAUGCAUUGACGGCGUGAUUGCAUCUGACUACUCAUCUGGCGUUCACUUAGAGACCAGAUACGAAUCAUUUACAAAGAUAUAUUGCUAUACACCUACCCGCACUCAUCCAUACCCCAUAGUGAAAACAAGCAGAAAGGAUGUGGUUAUAGGAAAUAGGGAUUUUACUGACCUCAGAUGCUAUAGUACGAAAGGGAAAAGAAUUCGGUACAUUCCCAUUGGUAGAAAGGUGGAUAUAAAUUACAUUGCUCAGAACAAAAUGCAAGAUUUUAUUUGGACUGAAAAACGAUCAAAUUCUGUCACUAGAUUUCACGAGGGACAAAAAAUGAGCGUUCUAUAUAAAGGACUUCCUCACUGGAAGCCAGAGGGCGUGGCUACGGAUUCCGAUGAUAAUGUUUAUGUGUCGGACCGCACCGGUGGCAGUAUUGUCAAGCUGUCUCCUCGAGGGGAUCUCUUAGGGAUCCUAGAAGUCCAUCCCCCAGGACCUCGGGGUCUGUCUAUUUCCAGCCGGAAUCAAUUAGUUGUCAGUGACGAUGAAGGAAAUGCGUGGAUAAUGUGGCUAUAAAUAUCUUUAUAGGAUAUAAGUGAUUAAAAUCUGAAUUGAUUAAUUUUUAAAAUGGAUAUAUAAAGAGAUCUUUAUUUUUUAUUUGAUCUGUUCGUGCACCAAUAA